AUGAACCAUCAAAUGACGUUUUGCGUGGACACAGAGCGGUCUGUGUUGAUAGAAAAUUUCGAAAAACGCGGUUGGAUUCACGUGGGCCCUGAAGAUGGAUGGAACUUUUAUUGGACGAACGUAAACACUUGUCGCAAUUUGUUUAACACCGAGACGAACAAUUACACGAUGACGGACAAUCAGAUUAUCAACCAUUUCCCCAAUCACUAUGAACUUUGCCGAAAAGAUUUGCUUAUGAGGUUAUCGAUAUUAUAGUAUAGUAUUCAAGUGUUCAUUAUUAUACUGGAAUUUACUAUUGAAAAUGAUUUAAGUUUAGUUUUACUAGUGCAUGCAUUAUUUGGUUAUCAUAUGGUAUUGAUUAGUAGUGUAAUUCGAAUAAAAAACAUCAACAAUCUUCGUUAACAAAUUCCUUUGUACUUUUUUUAAUCGUUUUCUAUACGUAAAAAAAAAAAAAUUAACAAUUUAGGUCUAUAUAAAAAUAUGCUUGCAUGUUAGAGGUAAACAGAUAAAAAUGUAAUAUUAUUUUAGAUUCUGAGUGGAACGAGGAAUGUAUGGGUUUUAUAAAUAUAUUUAUUUUAUUAAUUUUUUUUAUGCGAACACUUUUUCUACCAGACAGCAUACUCCGAUUAUCAAGUAUGGUGCCUUUUCCGAAAGGAAAUGUUUUCUGGGCAGUAGUUUAAAAAAAUGUCAUUUUUUUAAAUUCUCAUUAAUAUUUGAGAUAAUGAAGAAAACCUCGGUCUUUAGGUUAAAACAGAUUGAACGAUUAAAAAUAAGGUUAUCAUUUGAAAACGUUUUUAUUAAUUUUUUUUUAUUAUUAAAUUCGUAUUAUUUUAAUCUUUUUUAAACAAACAUUGUCGUGGAAACGAACAAUGGUGUAAUCAUUUUACUAUAAUAUGAUAUAUACCAUAUAUUGUAUUGCUGACCAAGCAACACGAUCAACUGAACUCCGCUCCGAAUCGUUUUUUCGUUAACAAUGGUUUAUCGUUGCUUACAGAUAUACAUUGAAUUCCCGUCUGUAUCCUAUCUUCCAAACUUCACACCUACCUGCACCCACGUGUGAAUUAUGCCCGUCCUUUUUUUAAAAUUUGUAUUUCCGUCAAAACGGUCUCGUAUGGUAAAUUAAUACCGUUUCAAAUCAACGAGAAUUUCCAGUCAGAUUUGCGACUUAGUCAAAACCGUAAAUACGUGGCUAAAAGUGGCCUCUAGCCGUCUGUAUACCGCCAUACAUUUAUCCUUCAGCCAUCUCUAUCAGAUAGUCGUGUUUUCCAAUUUAACCCUUCUCCUAGUUUUUCCCAAUCUUUCUCAACUACGUCUUUCUGUCUCAGUUUUUCAUUAUUCUAAGGGAUCUUUUCGCCGUGAGGUUUCUUUUCAGAUUUGUAAAAAGUAACGCGUAUUGUCUUCUUCAGGCGCGCUCUGUAAUCGCUAACUUCUGAUGGUGUGUACAAUGUCCGUUUUAUGAUCUAGCGUUUCCGAUUCCUCGUUCUUUUUUAUUCUCCAUUCAUUGAUUUCACGAAAACACAAAUGUUUAUAUUCUUCGGUGUUAAUUAUUAUCAAAGGCUACACCACAUUAAAAACGGACAUAUCAAUAUAUUAACAUAAAUAAAAUCUUUAAAUAGAUAAAACUUGGAACGUUAAAAUUUAAACAAAAAUUUCAAAAUUCAAUCAACUAAUUUUUGCUAUUCAAGUUUUGAUUUUACAAGUUUUCUCAUGUUUUAUUGUCACUUUAAAUCUUUUGACAGAGAUCGUGAUCUUCACAGCUUCACUAGUCCGGAGAAACAUUAAAUUUUGUUCCAUUUUGGAUUCUCACUUCGAUAUUCUUUCUACCAUUUUAUUGACUUUUGUUUUCAUCAUCCUCAGUACUUAAAGUGUUCCACUCUAACGAAAAACGUUAUACAAUCAAUCUGAAAUGUUUAAUUUUUACAUUCAAGUAAUUAUUUUUUAAGUACGGACGUCUAAAUUACAAUAAUACAUUGAAUAACACGAUACGAUGAUACACAAAGUAUGGAUCUACUGAUUACAAUAUAAUAUAUUUAUUCCCUUACAGAAACGUGAGACGUUACCGCCGAGAAAUGCAAAAAACCAAGAGUGCGGUCGCAAAAUGUAUAAGUGGGAAAUUCGUAUAUUUAGAUUUCAUACCCACUACGUUUGUGCUCCCUACCGAUUAUCACUUGUUUCUGGAGGAAUACAGCAAGAACCCGAGUACUUGGAUCAUGAAACCGUGCGGGAAAUCGCAAGGCGCCGGGAUAUUCCUGAUUGACAAGUUGUCCCAGUUGAAAAAAUGGGCCAAAGAAAAAAAAUAUCCGAAAAAUUCGGCGAUCACGAAAAACACGUACAUAAUAUCGAGGUCGGUUUUCGUUAGGGGUAUUUUUUUUUUUUUUUUUUUUAAUGUAUUAGGUACAUCUAUUCCGGAAACUGUGUUUAAUUACCAUUGGCAGUUUUAAAAACUAGAUAUAUCGAAAACCCGUUGUUGAUAUGCGGAAAAAAGUUCGACUUGCGCCUGUACGUGUUGGUCACGUCGUUUCAGCCGCUGAAAGCUUAUCAGUUUAAAUUCGGGUUCUGCCGUUUUUGCAGCGUCAAAUACAAGUACGACUCUCAAGUGAGCGACAUCAAUUGUUUAUUCGCUCAUUUGACGAACGUAUCUGUACAAAAACAAGGUACCUACCUAAAUGUGGUUAUAAUGAAUUGAUCGCGUGUUUACCCGGUCCGAGGAAUAAAACCGACUCUAUACAUUUCGACGCAAAAUAAAAUAAUCAUAAGAAAUUCUAAUAAUGUCAAUUUCGACAAUCGACUGUUAUACGAUAGAUACGUUAUUGUGAAAAUUUACAAAUCUAAUACAAAUAAUUAUUACAGGCAACGAUUACAAUUGUAUACACGGCGGUAAGUGGUCUACGGAAAAUCUGAAAUUAUAUUUGGCCGGAAUCCGGGGCGAAAAACUCGUUAAAAAACUGUUUGACGAUAUUUCCCAUAUAAUUCUUCAUUCGUUAAAGGCCGUCCGCAACGUCAUGUCUCGAGACAAACAUUGUUUCGAGUGUUAUGGGUACGACAUCAUCGUGGACGAGAAACUGAAACCUUGGCUGAUCGAGGUGAAUUCGUCGCCGUCGCUCACGUGCACCACGGUCAGCGAUCGUCUUUUGAAAUCCAAACUUAUCGACAGUAUUCUGUCUGUUGUUUUGCCACCAUCAGGUACUAGUGUAUAA